AUGCGUACCCUUCCUUUACCCUUGCUCUCGCUUAUCUCGGCGGCCCUCGGAUCGCCAACCGGGAGUAACGAUGGCUCUCGAUCUUCAGCCGUCGAAGUUCGUGAUGUUUUGAUGGGUCGGGCAAGUCCGGACAACCCAUCCGGUAGUUAUGCACCGGCUAUCGUCGAUUGUCCGCGCGAACGGCCAACGAUCCGCAGCGCCGGAACUCUAUCUCAGUCGGAACAGAGUUGGUUACGAAACCGCCGAAACAAGACCAUCGAUCCUAUGCUAGAAUUCUUUAAGCUGGCAAAUCUAUCCGAUUUUGACGCCGUCAACUACGUCAGUUCUCACUCGCAGAAUUUAUCUAUCGUACCUAAUAUCGGUAUCGCCGUCUCGGGUGGUGGUUAUCGCGCACUUAUGAAUGGUGCCGGCUUUAUUGCUGCAGCUGACAGCCGCACGCCGGGAUCGACUGAUGCCGGUGGUAUUGGUGGUCUUCUACAGAGUAGUACUUAUCUGGCAGGUCUUUCGGGUGGUGGAUGGCUAGUCGGCUCCAUCUUUGCCAAUAACUUUUCCAGUAUCGUCCAGCUUCGUGACGGCUACCAGGGUUCCUCUCUAUGGCAAUUCUCUAACUCUAUCUUCUCGGGGCCAAAGGAGAGGGGGAUCUCCAUCGUUAACACCGUCUCGUACUGGGAUGAUGUUAAAAACCAGGUUGAUGAUAAGCGGGAUGCAGGAUACGAUGCUUCUAUUACGGAUUACUGGGGACGGGCUCUCUCUUACCAGCUGAUUAACGCACCGAACGGCGGACCGGCGUACACGUUUUCUUCCAUCGCCGAUGCUCCUAAUUUCGCCUCAGCCGACACGCCCAUGCCGAUCCUAGUGAGUGACGAGCGUAGACCAGGCACGACAGUAGUCUCUUUGAACUCGACAGUUCUUGAGUUUAACCCGUGGGAGAUUGGAUCGCAUGAUCCGACUAUCUUUGGCUUCGCUCCUACUCGUUAUGUCGGAUCCAACUUUAGCGGCGGUGUCGUACCUAACAAUGGCCACUGCGUCCGCGGAUUCGAUGCAUAUAGUUAUCUCAUGGGAACAAGUAGUUCGCUUUUCAACGCGUUUUUACUACAGAAUCUUUCAUCCUCGAGUCUACCCGAAAUCGUAACCAGUGCGCUCGAGUCCGUUUUGACCCGUAUCGGCCGAGAUAAUGAUGACAUCGCCGCUUGGACGCCGAACCCCUUUUAUGGCUACAACAAUGAUACUAACGCCAACGCCGACGAUGAGCAGCUGACUCUUGUCGAUGGUGGCUUAGACUUGCAGAAUAUUCCGCUGCAUCCGCUAAUCCAGCCGAUGCGCAAUGUCGAUGUCAUCUUUGCGGUUGACUCAUCCGCCGAUACCAUGACUAGCUUUCCGAACGGCACCGCGCUACGUGCUACCUACGAGCGCAGCAAGACGGAUAUCGCUAACGGAACCGCCUUCCCCGCCGUUCCGGAUGCCGAGACCUUCAUCAACCUAGGUUUGAAUCAGAAGCCGACCUUCUUUGGCUGCAACACAACCGAGUUCGCCGACGCCGAUCACAUACCGCCUCUAGUCGUGUAUGUAGCCAAUGCGCCUUACACAGCUUAUAGCAACGUGUCUACGUUCAAUCCAUCAUAUACAGAUGAGGAGCGUAACUCCUUCAUUAAGAACGGCUACAAUGUGGCCACGAUGGGCAACGGCACCGUCGACUCCGAGUGGCCUGCGUGUGUGGCGUGCGCCGUUCUGCGCCGCAGUCUCGAGCGCACCAACACUGAUAUUAGCGCUACCUGUCAGCGCUGCUUCGACCGCUACUGCUGGAACGGCACCACGGACAGCACGCCCGUCAACAGCUACGAGCCUUCACCGAUAUUGGCAUUAGACGCCCAAAAUUUUGGGGUCAGCGCGAAGGGCGGGGCGGCAACAGGGAUGGUGUACGGUGUCUUUGGGCUUGUGGCCAUUAUUCUUGCAUUUUAA